GAGCCAGGGCAUUCACCAGGCAGCUGGACCAGUGCCGGGGUGAGCACCCCCUCGGGGUCCAUGUGCCCGCCUCAGGCCCACACAGAGGUGGGCCCCACCAUGACUGAGAAGCCCGAGAUGGUGUGUGCCUCCAGCCCAUCACCUGCCCUACCACCCAAGCCUGCCUCACCUGGGCUCCAAAAGGUGAAUGAAAUGGCCCAGAGAGAUGCCUCACCUCCCAGACUGCCUCCUGGCGUGCCAGUCAUCAGCCUUGGCCACACCAGGCCCCCGGGGUCAGCCAUGGCCACCACGGAACUAAGUGCCCUGCGUUCCCCACUGCUGCAACUGUCCACCCUGGGACCCGCCCCACCUGCCCUGGCCCUGCAUUACCACCCUCACCCCUUUCUCAACAGCCUCUACAUUGGGCCGGCAGGACCUUUUGGCAUCUUUCCCAGCAGCCGGCUGAAGAGGAGACCAAGUCACUGUGAGCUAGAGUUGGCUGAGGGGCAACAGCCCCAGAAAGUGGCCAGGCGUGUAUUCACCAAUAGCCGCGAGCGCUGGAGGCAGCAGAACGUGAACGGCGCAUUCGCCGAGCUCAGGAAGCUGUUGCCUACUCACCCGCCCGACCGGAAGCUGAGCAAAAAUGAGGUGCUGCGCCUUGCCAUGAAAUACAUUGGCUUCCUGGUGCGGCUCCUGCGCGACCAGGCAGCGGCUCUGGCUGCAAGCUCCGCCCCAACGGGGCCCCGGAAAAGGCCAGCCCACCGAGGCCCUGAUGAGGGCUCCUGCUAUGGGCCCUGUCGCAGGGCGGAGCCGGUGGUGGGCCAACUGUCAGCACCCCAGGCUUGCCCAGAUGGCAGUCCCGAUGGGGCAACCAGGCCCAUCAAGACGGAACAAGCAGCAGUGAGCCCAGAGGUGCGGUGACUGUCUCGACUGCCACAUCUGUGCCUGGGCACUGGGAGCUCAACCCAGGGCUGUCGAGGAAGGGGCAGAUGACAUACUGUGCCUCCUCAGGAGCAAACUCCCUCAAAGAGGGGUCAGUGAGGACACAGCACAUAAGGGAAAAGGGGUUUGGGGUCCGGAAGGGCGGCUGUCACCCUCAGGGGCCCUGAAGGUCCUUCUGUCACCCACGGUUCACUGGAUAUGGCCUUGCCUGCGUUUCCCUCCAGAAUGCAAGGUCCAAUAACCAACAUGGUAGACUGGU